AUGGUUGUCAAUCGAAUUCUAAAGUGUUUUGUGAAAUUGGCAGCUUCGUACUCAGUAAAACAGAACAUAUGCGAAAACAGAUGUAGAAAGGAAACAAAAAUAGAUAUGAUAAUGAAAUUGAAUAUUGGACAAUAUCAAGUAAGGUUGUCCAGAAUUAAGUUUGUUUAUUUACGCCAAUACCAGAUAUGA